AUGCCAAUUUCUUCUCAAAUACUUCCUGAAAAUGUCUUUCCUGCGGAGGUCAUGCUAACUUCAGAGAAGGACAAAGAGAGUCUUCUGAAGUGUGCCAUGCUGGUGGAGAGGAUGUACACUCAUAUUGCCAAUGCUGCUGAAGAUUUCACAGUCCUGUCCUCAUUCUUUGUUGCUCAGUAUGUUAGUGAACUGCAGAGGGUGACACUUCAGCCAGAAAUUAAGGCACAUCUAACAGAGGGAAUAUACUGUAUCCUGGACCACUGUGUUGAACAAGACAUUACGUUUUUGAACACCACCCUUCAAAUGGGUGUCAAGGAAGUGUUCAAUGAACUGUACAAUAGUUACACACACUAUGACAAAUCUCAAAGGCAAGGGGAAGAAAAGUACACCGUCUAAACUUUGCAUCCUCUGCUUUAAACUGUU